AUGGCCAGUGUGGAUGAGGGAGAGCCAAGGAAGUCUGAGGGCCUGGUCUUCUCCCACGGCCUGGAGCAGGACUGGCACCAGUGGAUUUUUGUGAACAGCAGCCUGGCGCUGGGGAAGAUUCGCUGCUUCGGCUUCGACAUGGACUACACUCUGGCUGCCUACAGGUCUCCAGACUAUGAGGCAUUAGCCUUCCAGCUGCUCCUGGAGCGCCUGGUGUCCAUCGGGUACCCACACGAGAUCCUGCGCUACACCUACGACCCUACCUUCCCUACCAGGGGGCUGGUGUUUGACGCGCUCUAUGGGAACCUGCUGAAGGUGGACGCCCACGGGAACGUGCUACUGGGCACCCAGGGCUUCACCCUCCUCUCUGACCCACCCCUCCCCAGGGCCGAGAUCUGGAGCUUCUACCCCAGCGAGUUCAUUCAGAGGGAUGAUGUGCAGCGAUUUCACAUCCUCAAUACGCUCUUCAACCUGCCUGAAACUUACCUCUAUGCCUGCCUGGUGGACUUCUUUUCCAGCUGCUCCCGCUACACCAACUGUGACACUGGCUAUCAGCACGGGAACCUCUUCAUGUCCUUCCGAAACCUCUUCCAGGAUGUGACCGAUGCCAUGAAUAAUGUCCAUGAGUCGGGCUGUCUCAAGGAGAAGACCCUGGAGGACUUGGAGAAAUACGUGGAGAAGGAUGUGCGAAUACCCAUCCUGCUGGGUAAGAUGAAGGAGGUUGGGAAAGUGUUUCUGGCCACCAACAGCAGCUACAGCUACACUGAUGCCAUCAUGACCCACCUGUUUGACGUUGGCGAGGCGGAGGCUUCAGCCAGACCCUGGAGGUCCUACUUUGACCUUAUUGUGGUAGACACACAGAAGCCCCGAUUCUUUGCAGAGGGAACGGUGCUGAGGCGGGUGACGCCCCUCUGCCCCCCUCCCCAGGACUUGGGGAAGCUCCGCGUGGGUACCUAUACUGGGCCUCACCAACACUGUGCUGUCUACUCUGGAGGCUCAUCUGACGUGGUGUGCGAGCUGCUCGAGGUGCGGGGGAAGGACAUUCUGUACAUUGGGGACCACAUCUUUGGGGACAUCCUCAAGUCCAAGAAGCGGCAGGGCUGGCGGACUUGCCUGGUGGUUCCUGAGCUGUCCCGGGAGCUGGGCAUCUGGGUCCAGGAGAAGGAGCAGUUGGAGUUGCUGCAGAGGCUGGACAUGUGCUUGGCCGACCUGCACCAGCACAUGGAUGGGAGUGGUUGUGGACUGCAAGUCAUCAACUCCACCAAGAGGGAGAGUCGGAUGCCGCAUGAAUCCCUCGUGGAGCAAGACCGCGCCAGUCUGAACCGCCUCCAACCUCCACUCUUGCAGCCACAGAGUGAGUUUCCGGGAGGUGGUGGUGCUGUCCCCACUGCUGAGUGGAGCCCUCAUGCUGCAGCCCAGGAGCUCAGCAGCUUGGGGCUACCACUGGGCUAA